GAGAUUUUCUUUAAUAAGGAAGAAGGAGAGUCGCCUGCGGUCGCUUAGCUGUUUGUUUGUUUUUCUCGCCGAUAUAGCAAAAUGGGGACAUUUAAGUCAUGUCGUUUAUUUUUGAGCUUGUGCUUCGUGCUUGUAUGCACUUCGGCAACUGCAGAUAUUUUUGAUGGAGUUUUGGGAAAUACUGCGUCUUGCCAUAAAACAUGUCAACUGACUUACAGUUUGCACACAUAUCCUCGGGAGGAGGAACUAUACGCCUGUCAGAGAGGCUGUCGUCUGUUUUCCAUUUGCCAGUUUGUGGGUGACAGCGAGGAUUUGAACCAAACUAAAGCAGAGUGUGACUCCACUUGUCAUGAAGCAUACAGACAGUCAGACGAGCAGUAUGCGUGCAACCUGGGCUGCCAAAAUCAACUACCAUUUGCUGAGCAAAGACAAGAGCAGUUGCUGGCCAUGACACCUCGUAUCCACCUGCUGUACCCGUUGACCCUGGUGAGAGGGUUCUGGGAUGAUGUCAUGAGUCAGGCCCACAACUUCAUCUCCUCGUCCUGGACCUUUUACCUCCAGGCUGAUGACGGGAAAGUGGUUAUCUUCCAGACUGAACCACAGAUCCAGUUUAUUCCUCAGUAUGAGCCUCAGAAAGAGGGACCGAAGGAGGAAUCACAGAAGUCAUAUCCAGGCCUGAGCAGCCCGGUCUACAAGGACUACCAGCGUAACUUUUUCCUGGAGAGGGACAGGAAUGUGUUUAUGGACCGCAGCUUCAAUGAGGACGACUACAAUCUCUUCAGCUGCCUGUCAAGGAAUCCAUGGCUUCCAGGCUGGAUCCUGACCACCACUCUGAUCCUCUCUGUUCUGGUUCUCAUCUGGAUCUGCUGUGCUACCGUGGCGACGGCUGUAGACCAAUAUGUCCCAUCGGAGAAACUGAGUAUCUAUGGAGACAUGGAGUACGUCAAAAACCAGAAGCUGUUGACUCCUUACCCAACAUCCUCUCUGGUCAUCAUCACCUCCGGGCCUGGCCAGGAGGAAGAGGCUGGACCACUCCCUUCCAAAGUUAACCUGGACCAGUCCAACAUCUAAACAUCCAGAGGCCAAAGUGAAGCCAUUAGUGUGGAGAUACGGACAAUAGUGUACUCGAAUGGGAGAUUUCUUGGACAUGGAUCAAGCCUAGUCCAAGAUGGAGAGUAAUUUUCUAUUGAGCAUGUGUUUUAGUGUAAUAGCCUACUAAGAUUACUUUGGGUCUAGAAAACGGGCCCAUAAUCUUUAUUGGUGCUGACCAUUCUCAGAUUAAGCCAGUACUCCUGGACUAGUAAAUUGAAACGCAAUUGUGAAAGGUCAUUAAAAACCAUCCUCCGUAGAGAAUCUAUUGGCAUGUGCUUUCCUUAGUCCUGUUAUAGGCUUAUACUGGGUCUGUCAACCAAUACUGGCACUUUAGGUUCUUGAAGUCAGUCUUACUUUUUCACACUAUUGGAUCCUGGCAGUCUAAAGUGUAAUAAUGGCUUUCAGUAAAUUUUUCUAUUAGCUGUUGUCUUGUUCUUCUUUCAAGGUUUUGAGGGUGAAGUAAGGGGGCGGUAACAUUGUUUUAGGCAUUACAGUAUCACAAUGAUGUUUUAUUGGAUAAUUGUGUUGAUGAAAUCUGCAUCCUAAAUGGCACCAUAUUCCCUAUAUAGUGCAGUACAUUUGACCAAAGGUAGAAGCAGUGCUCAGCAACUGAAAGUGUCAGUUGGGACACAGCCUGUGUGUUACUAAAGUGGUUUUGUAUAGAACAUGGAAACCUUUGGUGAAAUGACACUGGUCAGUAACGGGCUAUGAGCUUAUACUGCUUCCACUGUCUGUUCCCUUUCUGUAUUGUGUUUAGUCUGCUGUAGUUAGAUGAAGGUCAUUGGACACAACAGAGAGACUAUUGCAUUUCUUUUUUGUUUCAGACAUAGUGUUGUAGAAAUUUGUAACUUUACUCUUGAGUUUUCUUCUGAUUUAAAAGUCAAAUAAACACAAUUGAAGUAA